AUGGACAGCGCUGCUGGCAUCACACCUCUGAAAUGUUUCAACUGGGAACAGACACCACCGGACAAGCAUCGUCCUUUUAAGCCAGUCUACCACAUCACCAUGGCCAUCCAGGGCAGUACACCAGACGACCUUGUCAUCAUGGACAGCAACUACCUGGAUCGCGUCAACGAACGUCGCGAGACCAUCGAGCACCACGCACCCACAGUGCUAGGGGCUGUCCCCGAAGGCAUACCGGCUCUCCACGAGACAUACACGUAUCUGCUCGGAGAGUACCUGCCAGCUCGAUUUCCAACCAUGUUCGCCCUGUCCGAAGACGGUCAGGAGUUUUACAACAAGGUCACUAAGACAUCGCUGCCUCUGACACCCCCGCAAGAUCCCAACGCCGCGCUUCAAGCUCUGGGAGAAACCAUCGAAGACGACUUCUUCCUGCUGGUCGAGACUCCAGAAGGCCACCGAGCGGUCGCGUUCAUCUGCUGCCACCCAGCUGGCUUUGAUCCCUCGGACAAGCUGGGCAAGUUGCUGAAGGACAUCCACACGCCCGUGCCGUCAUAUGAGAAGAUCGGAGCCAGCAUGGAACGCUUCUUUAGCCGAUUGCAGGUGGGAAAGAGCGUUAAGCGCAUGAAUUGGUCUAUCUCGACGAGCGAAAGGCUCUUCAGUCCCAGUGGGCUGCACAUUUACGACGGCGACAAGCCGCAGGAGGAUGAGGAGAUUGACAUUAGCAAGACCCGCCUUAGACAGGAACUGCAGACUUUGACCAGAUUGCCCAAGACGGGCGCCAUCAUGUUCAGUUUCAAGACGUACAUGACGCCGCUGGAGGAGAUCAAGAACGAAGGCAUUGGGCCGCAGGUCGCCGACGCAAUUGAGGGUUUGAGAAGUGGUAACGCGCCGGGCAUGUGGGUGUACAAGGGGGCGACGCGCUGGGGUAAGGGCGCCUGCGAAUAUCUGCGGUCAUGA